AUGGACUGCCUGCCGCACGACGCAGAUUUUUGCCGGCUCUUGCUCGGAGGCGAAAAGCCUGAGGAAGUCUACGCGACCGGCGCACGCAGUAACGAGGAGCUCGCCGAAGCGAUGGUGGCGGACACCGCAACCGUGACCGCCAAGUACAAAAAGUUGGGUGUCGUCGUCCACGUUUGUCUCUUUCGUGGUGCGACCUACGGUUACGACAACAGAAUUGAAGUGUUCGGAACUAAGGGCCGUUUCGUCGUGGAGACACCGCCAGAACUGUCUGUACGAUGUUCCGACAAGGAUAGCAUUCAUGCGCCAGCACUAAUGUUUUCCUUUCCGCAGCGGUUCGCAGCUGCGUUUGCCGCAGAGGUGGAUCUGUUCGCGCGAGGCGUCCUGGCAGAACCUGGCGCAAAGUGGCUCGUUGACCGUACCGCUUGCAUCGCAGCGCAAAAAUUCGCGAUGGCGGCAGCUGCUAGUAAACGAGAUGGAACAGUGAAAAACCUUUAGAACAAAAAUCUCAUGUGAACUAGGAGUUCAACUUCAAAUAAAUGAUAGCAUACAAUGCUUGUUUUCUGUGUUGAGUUUUUUUGUAGAUAGCCGCGCGUUCUAGGCCUAGAAGUGCUGUUGACCACUGGCACGAGCAAGAUUAUACGCGCUCAUUAUGGACGCAGUUAACUCUUGAGAAUUUUCUUCAUGUUUGUAUGGCUUUUCAUGAUUCUCGGUCUUAAUUCUCAAGUGUGCCAUCUUCUCUUGGAGUUGCUUUAUCUUCAAUGCAUUAUGCACUCGGGUCGCCGUUGGGUCCAUGCAGAUGGUCCUCUGAUCUUUGUUGCUCGCACUUUUGAGUUUGAAAAUAAUGAUCCACGAAGGCAUCAUCUGGAAGCAGAUGCUGUUGUACUAUUUUCUGGCGCGGACAUGGGAACAUGUGCAGAAUCAAAAUUCGAUGCAACGUUAGAGAUGAAGGCACUGUAGUUCUAAGCCACAGAACCAGUAAUUCUGAU